CAGCAGUCUCUGAUAAUGGGCCACCAUUCUUGCUGUAACCAACAGAAGGUUAAGAGAGGACUUUGGUCCCCUGAGGAAGACGAAAAGCUCAUCAGAUACAUAACCUCCCAUGGCUAUGGCUGUUGGAGUGAAGUCCCCGAGAAAGCUGGGCUCCAAAGGUGCGGUAAGAGCUGCCGAUUGAGAUGGAUUAAUUAUUUGAGGCCCGAUAUCAGAAGAGGGCGAUUCACUCCUGAGGAGGAGAAGUUAAUCAUCAGCCUUCAUGGAGUUGUAGGAAACAGAUGGGCUCAUAUAGCAAGCCACUUGCCUGGAAGAACAGAUAAUGAGAUAAAGAACUACUGGAAUUCAUGGAUAAAGAAAAAGAUAAGAAAGCCUUCAAGUACAUCUCCAACCAGUACCACAAGUAGCAGUACCACCACUAACAAUACCUCCGAGCAUUCCCAAAUGGGUUACAAUUCGAACCAAUUACUAGAUUUUGUAAAUCCAGAUUUGGGGCCAAGGCCGCCCGUUCAUGAAACCUUAUUUUCUUCUUCUUCAUCAUGUCCCUUAUUCAUGCAGUUCGACAAUAUGACUACUAAUUCACUUGACAUUGGAACACCAGAAAAUAGCGUACGGUCGGAUCAGUAUUUUCAUGAUGCGAAUAUGGGUUUCAACCCUGAAAUAUGGAGUGUGAAUAGCCAUCAUCAUCAUCAAGUACAGUUAGCUCAUCAAGUUAAUUUUGAUCCCCCUCCUCCUCCGACGGCUUUUACAACGUCCGGCAUGGAUACAAAUAAUUACUUGCCGGCGGCGCCUCGUCCUUUGAUGGAGAACAUGGAAAACAUUGUGCCCGGCCUGGAAGUACAAUCCUGUAGCAUAGAUGACGAAGGAGAUUUAGGGUUGGAGUGCUUGCAGAGGCAGGAGUUGAACGAAUGGGUGGAAGCCCAGCAACAAUGUUCCAACUUUCUUUUUUGGGAUACUGUUGAAGGUCCACUCGGUGGGGAAGAAAUUGCACCAGCUUCUUCAAAUGUCGGAGCUGCUCAUGAUACAAUGCCUGCUUUUCCUUCGUCUCUUCGUUUCCUCGGCCUCUUCGCAAACAUGAUCAUUCCAGAGAAAAACCGACGUGAAAUCUCCAAGUACCUCUUCCAAGAGGGAGUUUGCUUUGCAAAGAAGGACUAUAAUCUUGCAAAGCACCCGGAGAUCGAUGUGCCGAACCUGCAGGUGAUAAAGCUGAUGCAGAGCUUCAAAUCCAAGGAGUACGUGCGUGAGACCUUCGCUUGGAUGCACUACUACUGGUAUCUCACCAACGAUGGCAUUGAGUUCCUCAGGACUUACCUUAAUCUUCCUUCCGAAAUUGUCCCUGCAACUUUGAAGAAACAGGCCAGGCCCGCUGGUAGGCCCUUUGGCGGCCCACCUGGCGACCGUCCCCGUGGUCCUCCUCGUUUCGAGGGAGAGAGGAGAUUUGGUGGUGACCGAGAUGGGUACCGUGGAGGUCCCCGUGGACCUGGUGGUGACUUUGGUGAAAAGAGUGGAGCACCAGCUGACUAUAGGCCCAGCUUUGGGGGUCCUAGUGGAAGGCCAGGCUUUGGUCGUGGAGCUGGUGGUUUUGGUGGGGGCGCAGCUAGCUCAAAUGUUUGACAGUUAUAAUUCUUGCAAUGCAUGGUUUGGACAGUUAAGGUUUUAAGCUUAACGGAUAUGAAUUGCUGCGAAUGGGAGUUCCAUAGAAGCGCUUGCUUUUGUUGCUCUUUAGUGUUUGAGAAUGCGAGUUUUGUUGGAUCCGAAAUAGUAAUGAUUUAGUUUUGCAGCUUGAUUUAA